CUUUUGAAGAUAUACGAAUCUGUCAAUAUUUUCUGACAACUUUUGAGAUAUUUUGUUUAUAUUUGCGAUUUAUUUAGCUAUUUUUAUAUUUUUUUAUUAUAAUCAACGAAACAAUAGAAACGGAAUGCCGCUUAUAGAUUUCACGGAUCCGGCGGUGAUAAAAUUUCUCGUGGAGAAUUAUGACAGGACCGCUCGCCUGCGGAUGAAAUGGAACGCGUUCUACGGCUCCAAGCUGCAGGAGGCUGCCACGCUUAGCAGGCCAGAGAAAGGGUACACCACUUAUGAUGUAUUUAAAGAGACUAUGCGAGGAGGCAUGCCAGCUAUAAGACGAGAUCAUAUCACAGCUGGACGCAACAGAAAAUGCAUACCACUCCGAGACGGCGCGCACAUACCCGCUGUAGCCGACAUGAAAAAAGGUCAUUCCAUAGUUGAAGUCGGACUUGGUGACUCUGAGGAAGACCCUCGCCUCGCUCGACCAGACACUGAUCUGAGCAUAGAUCCUCUCAUGCGAGUAAUUGAUCCAGAACAAAGAGAAAUGAUUUACAAAGAAUUACCUUUCUACGGCCGGAAAGUAUACCUGAAAAGCAGGUCCAAAAUUCCGCCAGAGAAGAAGUAUUACUUUAGCGAGUGUUCAGCGUGGGAUUACGGGUGGAGACUGAAGGACAGCUACUUCUCGAAGAAUCAGCCGAGUUAUGGCCGCGUGUGGAGGCUCUAUCGUGACGUCAGAAAUCGUUCUGGACCCCAUCCGGACCCGGCGCAUUACAACAGCGCCGAAAUACCCAACGUAAACAAAUGCCCGAAAUAAUUUUGAAUAACUCUUUAUUUUAGAGAUAUAAUUUGUAUUUGAUACUUCAUUUAUUUUAGAGAUUACUUGUAUUUUGUAUAUUUUAUAAUAUUAUAAUUACUGCUAUGA